AUUGAUAAAUGUCAUUGUCUCAGUCAUGGUUUAAAAGUGUCUGGAGAAAGUGGGUUCCGGGCCAGGAAGAUUUUGUGCCCCUAAUUAGGCAGCAAGGCUCUCCUCGGGUCCCUGCGAACUGAAUCCUAUUGAAAUCAGUAGGACGUAUUUUGUCAGGAGGUGGAAAUAGGAUCGAUUGUUUCUUUACAUUUUCUGCUGGAUCUCAGCGCUGCUAGGAAAUUUGCGCCAGGGAAUGGAAAGUUCAUGCUUUAUAUUGAAGAAAGACCCUCCUCAAGAUACGGCUGUUGCUCAUAUGCAAGGGAAAUGUUCCUUUCUUCAUCUAAUACCCUGCAUCAGAGGCAUUAGUCUGCCCUAAUUCUGCUGUUUCUUAGCACAUUACAACAUUCACCUCUCGCUUGACAGUUGCUGAGAUAUUAUCUUCUGUGGUGCCUUUCCUAGAGGAAAAGGCAACAUAAUGAAAAAGGAGCAGGUGCUGAACUGUCAGUUCUCUGUUUGGUACCCUCAUUUCAAGAGGCAGACCAUCCGCAGUAUCAUCAUUCCACUGCCACAGAAUGUAACGGAUUAUUUGCUGGAUGAUGGGACACUGGUAGUUUCAGGAAGGGAAGAUCCCCACCCAUGCUCACAAGAAGAUGAUAAUGCAGAUAGUGAAGAGACAGAGGAGAUACAGUGGUCUGAUGAUGAGAAUACCACAACACUUACGGCACCAGAAUUCCCUGAGUUUGCUCUUAAAGUCGAAGAAGCCAUCUGUUCUCUGGGAGGCAGUGUUUUUCCUAAGCUCAACUGGAGUGCUCCAAGGGAUGCCUACUGGAUAGCUAUGAAUAGUUCGCUGAAAUGUAAAUGUCUCAGUGACAUUUUCCUACUUUUCAAAAGUUCAGACUUCAUUACUCGAGAUUUCACCCAACCAUUUAUCCACUGUAGUGAUGAUUCUCCUGACCCCAGUUUGGAAUAUCAGCUUGUACUCAGAAAAUGGUGUGAAUUGAUUCCUGGGGCAGAAUUCAGAUGCUUUGUAAAAGAAAACAAACUGAUAGGUAUUUCCCAGCGAGACUACACUCAGUAUUAUGAGCAUAUCUUUAAACAAAAAGAAGAGAUUUGCAGAUGUAUCCAGGAGUUUUUCAAGAAACACAUACAGUAUAAGUUCUUUGAUGAAGACUUUGUGUUUGAUGUCUAUAGGGACAGCUGGGGCAGAGUGUGGUUGAUCGAUUUUAAUCCAUUUGGUGAAGUAACAGAUUCUCUACUCUUUACCUGGGAGGAACUGAGGUCUGGGAACAUUUUAAAAGAUGACCAGAGUGAAGGUGCAGCCAUGGAACAGGACUGUCCAUCAUUCCGUUAUACAAACAGCAACCUGACUGUCCAGCCUAGUCCCUAUCUCAGCUACAGACUACCAAAAGAUUUUGUAGAUCUUUCCACUGGAGAAGAUGUUCACAAACUAAUUGACUUGCUCAAAUUGAAAAGAAAUCAGCAAGAUGAUGAAGAAUUGUGACAUGCUAGAUAAUAGCAAUGAGAGAGCCACAGCUUCAAUGGAUAAUAUUUUAAUUGGACCAGCUCUGAGAACAUCAACUGUUUAUAUUAUUCUUGCAGAACUGCAAUGAUUCAAAUUUUAUGUGGACAUUCAGUUGAAUAAAUAUGUUUGCAGUUGACUUGCCAACAUCUACUUGGGGAGACAGCUGCCCCUUACUGAUACUGUUGGGUCUCCCUUCCCUACUGCUAAAGCUUGCUGUCUGUUGUAAUCCCCAAUGUGUUGACAACUCACUGCAGCUAACAGA